CAAAUAUGAACACAAGUCGAGAUGCCGUCAAGAGCAGAGUUCGCCGUGAGGUUGAUGCUUUGUUCGAGACGUUUGGUCGUCCCGACGAGGCGUGCGGCAGCUCACAGCCCAGUAAGCGUGCGCGAGAGGUUAGAGACAUUCAGUCGAAUUCACAAACCAGUUGUCCAAGAAGCGAGUCGCCUAACUCCGGCACUCUAAGUGCGACGCCUGAGUGCAGUGACGCGGCUAGAGGCGAUACUGCAGGAUGUUCAGAUUCCGCAGAAAGCAUUUCAGAUAGUUCAGGGAGCAGUGCGGAGGAUUUGUGUGAUUGGAGUUCACCUGAACACCGUGACGAUUUGUCAGGGUUCUUGCCUAACGAAGACUGUGCCAGCGCGCAGGAAGCCACUGGACGUGCACCAGAUGAAAGUAGUAGCGGUGAUUUCAAAGCUUUGCUUGCUCAGUGGGCCUUGGAGCAUAAUAUUGCCCAUAGGUCUCUGACACCUCUACUAGGUAUCUUAAGAACCCAUGGGUGCUUCCAGAGUCUUCCAAAGGAUGCUAGGACUUUACUGAAGACUCCUCGUAACACAGCUGACGUAGCGGGUGUUUCAGAGUUACCUCCUGGUUUAUAUUGCCAUUAUGGACUUCGGAGAGGUUUGGAGAGAGUUCUUGCUUGCUUGGAUGGCUGCCCACAACUCGUCAGCCUGAACUUCAACAUUGAUGGCAUUCCCCUCUCAAAGAGUUCGAGACAGCAACUGUGGCCUAUUCAGUGCCUAGUACUCUCUUGUGGUUCUGUCCUGUCAGAAAGGCCGUUUAUUGUGGGUGCAUUUUUUGGGCCAUCAAAGCCAAGCUGUGCAAACAUGUUCCUAAGGCCUUUCGUUGAUGAUCUGAAGGAUGUUCUUGUUGAGGGAGUUUCAGUGAAAGGAUCUCUGGUGAGGGUAGAGGUCAGCAGCGUAAUAUGCGAUGCACCUGCACGCUCUUUCAUUUUCAAAACAAAAGGGCACAGUAGCUACAAUGGUUGCCCGAAAUGCACGGCUGAAGGUAGCUACGCAGAUAGAGUAUGCUUUUCGCCAACAGCAGGUGUUCCGAGAACAGAUCAGUCGUUUCGUCAGCAGCAAGAUCCUGACCACCACCAGGGCGUGUCUGUUUUGACCGAGCUGCCCAUUGACUGUAUUAGAAAUGUCCCUCUCGAUCCAAUGCACUUGGUAUAUUUAGGCGUGGCACGAAAGCUGGUCAAUCUUUGGCUUUCUGGCCCCCUUUCAGUGCGCCUGGGUCCCCUGGAGCGUGAGGAGAUUUCAAAGCAGAGUUUAGCUUUGCAGAAUAACGUUCCUUGUGAAUUUGCACGGAAGCCAAGGGGGCUUGAUGAAAAGGAUAGGUGGAAAGCAACAGAAUUCCGCCUCUUUCUCCACUACACAGGGCCUAUAAUUUUGAAAGAAAGCUUGUCUGAGGCUGCUUAUAAGAACUUCUUGACUUUGCAUGUGGCAACCUCUAUACUAAGCACACCUGGAUUGUGUCAGGAGCAUGGAGCAUAUGCAAACACUCUACUGGAUCAUUUUGUAAAGGGCUUCGUGGACCUUUACGGAGCCAGUAAUGUGUCCUAUAAUGUGCAUUGCCUCCUGCAUCUAGCUACUGACUGUGAGUUGUAUGGAACUUUAGAUGCCUUUUCUGCAUUCCCUUUCGAAAGUAACUUGCAGCUAGUUAAAAAGCUUUUGCGUAGGCCAGGCUUCCCUCUCAGCCAGCUUUACAACAGGAUGCACGAAAGAGCUCACGCAGAGCCAGUUGGCGCAAGGCGCACUGCAGAUUAUGAGCUUCUUGGUGGCUAUGAAGGAGAUGGCCUGCCACUGGGUUGCAAAUCACCCCAGUACGCCUCGGUGAAGUUCCCGUCAUUUACUCUAAGCAAGAAGGAAGCUGACAGGUGUUGCAAAAUAAAUGAUGAUGUUGUUUUGAUCCAUAUGAUUGCGCAUGACCAGAAUGGGCAGCCAUGCAUCAUUGGCCGAUGUUUCUUAAGUGCAGAACCUCUUUACAGCUACCCCUUCGAUUCUAGAAGGCUUGGCAUAGCUGUUGUCGACAAAUUGUCUUCUCUGAGGUGUUGGCCAAUUGUCAAUAUCAGAAAACUAGUGUUGCUUCCUAACAAUGGCAUGUAUGUUGUAUUGCCUCUGCUACAUACCAGUGCGUGUCAUUAAUGGCAGUUUCAUAGUCCGGCACAGAUAGGCAUCUCUGUCUUGUUUAGACGAAGUGAAUAGGAUGUAUUCAUAAUGCUUUGUGCUCUAAAUACCUUGCAUCAUUAAACUGGCACGGCAGAUGUUGAGGUGGGAUGAGACUUUGUAUCGAAUUUUAGCAGUGCAGAAGUGGUAAUAAAAGCUAUGCCUAUGACACUUGCAACAUAUUUUAAAGCUAGAGGCAGGUUGCAUUGCAGUGGUAGGUUACUGUAAAAUUGUGUGUAGUGUUGUUUAGUUUUUGGUGCUGUUAGUAAUGUAGUGCUUAUUCAUUAAGAAAUAAAGUUGUUUCUCUCUCUCUUAUUCAUUAAGAUAUCAUAUUUGCAGAACAUUUCAAUUUUGUACAAAGAUAGCUACUGAUGCUUAGGAUUUGGAACUGAAAUUGUGGGCGUACAAAAAGUAGAUUUGCUUUUUAAGUUUGUCGGUGUGUGCGAACUAUAACUUCUGGUUUGUGUUGUUACUAAAAAUAUGUAAAUGCAACUAAUUAGCACACGUGAAAAUUUUUUGUUCGCUCAUGCCCGCAAGAAAAAAGUUGACGAACUUCAAAGAGGUUGUUUUGAGGAAAACGCUGAAGUUGCGUAGGAGCACACGCACAUUUCCGGUCAAUGUGUGGAUGAAAUAAAACCAAAAAUUAUAUUGGACACCUCGAGCACCUAAGUGUGAUAUAUUUCUUGAAAGAUAACGUAAUUCUCUAUCAGGUGAUUGCAAAAUUACAAAAUUGAAUUUUCCUGACCAAAGGAAGUCUCACCCCACCUCAAAUGAUUGCUGACUUCUAGUAUUGCUGUGACGUUUGACAGCCAUCAAAUCUUGCGGGUAAGAAUUUCGCAGCAGACACUUUUUCUGCUGCUUUAAAAUGCAAGUUUCAAGCAAUGAUCUAUGAGAGCACCCCUGCUUUUUGUUACAUUAUUCUUUGCAGAUGAAGUUCUCUGUAGUAGAAUUCAAAGACGACAAAUCUAUAGCCGUCGUUCCGUCCUCAUGGAUUCGUGGGCGAAAGUGCUUCUGGCCCCCUGGUCCUGGCAGCAAGACAGCAAUGGUUCAGAAAGGUGUGCAGCCUUCACCAAGGUGGAAAGCGUACACCAUGCUCAUGAAAGCAACAUUUAACAACUAUCGCGAUGCUCGUCUGGCACUACCACGCCUGCAGUACACAUCAGAGUUGGAGAGCACUGGGGGAGGAAAGAGAAAGGUGACAAAGCCCACCAGAUAUGAACCUGAACACAACAGGCAGCCACCGCGCCCACCAAGCACAUUUCCUGGGCCAUCUGUGGCCAGCCAUGAAGAACCACGAAGUGAAGACAGCGAAGAUGUACCUGUUCAGGUAGAUGCUGAUGCAGAAGACGAAGGAGGAGACGCAGAGUUUGCAGCAGCUGGGACUGGUCAACCGCAUAAAAAAAAAGUGAUGUCUCAAGAAGAAUUCCAACGCCAAGUUUUGACCCAGUUGGCUGGGCUUCGUGUGGUGCAGCAGCAGCAGGGGCAACUCCUGGGGGAUUUAGUAACAAGGUUUGCAAGACGGAACAUGGAGGCUCAGGCCAACAGUGAACCACUAGUUGCGAUGCCGUUUGACGACUACGGGACCCUGAAACAGUUCGAUUGUACUCUGACUGGCACGCGAAAAGAAGUAUUUAUUCGAGAACUUGCUGUCAAAGGUGGCGCAAAUCCGGCCGCAUGCACGAAAAGGAUGCUACGGUACGUCAUGACUGAUCAUCUGGCGUGCCAGUUCUCGUGGCAAGGGAGGAAGGGGAAGCUCAGCUUCUGUCAGAUGCAGUUGCCGUCGUGCAUAACUUGUGCUGUCCAGACUGCACACGAGGCUAGCGAUUUCACUGUGGAGAUGGCCAUCCGAGAGUGGCUGCGGCAUGCUCCUGCCAGACAACGCAACGCGAUUGCUAAGGAUUCUGCCGCUGAAUAAGCCGAAUGCAUCUGUCAACUACGUCCACCCUUGUGCGUCCGUCAACUGCGGCGCUGAACUGUGUCGUCCUUGUGGUGCGCCGAUGAACUGUGGCAUCCUUGCGGUGCACUCAUGAACUGCAUCAUCCUUGUGGUGCGUCCAUCCAUUCUUGUGGUGCGGCUCCUUCAAAAGAGCUGACACAAAAACUUUGCACCUUGUUUUUUUCCGAUGAAAUAAGUAUCUAAUAAGCCACUUAUCUCGGCUGCAAAUAUCACUUGCGCAAACGUGCGAUGUUGAUUGUUUGGAGAUUCCCAGUUGCAUUUUCGGUUUCAGAGUGCACUGAGUGAGGUGGGAACCAGAGUUGUUUCUGUGUAAACAAAAAAUUGUGCACGUGAGCACCGUGCGGUGACAACUCCUUUCAUCAAGGGACUGCUAUAAUCCCCUCUGAGACACUGUAAAUAUGCAUAACCCACCAAAACUGCCCCACUAAGGCAGCGGCUUUUGUACUGCCAUGCAAGCCUUCCCCCUUUUUUCCAUGAAAAGGUCUGCUAGGAGAGUGUUCGCAAGGAUCGUGGCAGCCUACGCAAAUUCGAGACGCAGGUGGCGGCCGCUUGUGUGCACAGAAACCAAAGGCAGGUUUCGCAUGCAGUAAUGCGUGUGCACUUUUAAAAUUGCUUCUAAAUAUGUUGUAUGCUACAUUGUCUGUUCAUAUUUGGUAGAUGAUGCAUGUGUGUCGUAACAUGUCUAUUCAGGUCAUCUCUUCUUCAAAAUUUUGUGUAUGCACUCCCUCAAGGGUGGACAUGGCACUCAAUCUUUUUAUUUCUUUCUCUGAAGAGUUUUUUUGUGGUCAUUUCAAGUAAGGUUACUUUUCUAGCACAUUGUGUACUUUCUUUAAACAGUAUAUUUCAUGUCCAUUUUGAGGAGCACGAUUUUUUUCCUGCACUCAGCAACUUUCUUCAGAGAAAGAAGUAAAAGAUUGAGUGCCAUGUCCACCCUUGAGGGAGUGCAUACACAAAAUUUUGAAGAAGAGAUGACCUGAAUAGACAUGUUACGACACACAUGCAUCAUCUACCAAAUAUGAACAGACAAUGUAGCCUAGAACAUAUUUAGAAGCAAUUUUAAAGUGUACGCGCGUUACUGCACGCGAAACCUGCCUUUGGUUUCUGUGCACACAAGCAGCCGCCACCUGCGUCUCGAAUUUGCGUAGGCUGCCACGAUCCUUGCGAACACUCUCCUAGCAGACCUUUUCAUUGAAAAAAGGGGGAGGCUUGCAUGGCAGUACAAAAGCCGCUGCCUUAGUGGGUUAUGCAUAUUUACAGUGUCUCAGAGGGGAUUAUAGCAGUCCCUUGAUGAAAGGAGUUGUCAACGCACGGUGCUCACGUGCACAAUUUUUUGUUUACACAGAAACAACUCUGGUUCCCACCUCACUCGGUGCACUCUGAAACCGAAAAUGCAACUGGGAAUCUCCAAACAAUCAACAUCGCACGUUUGCGCAAGUGAUAUUUGCAGCCAAGAUAAGUGGGCUUGUUAGAUACUUAUUUCAUCGGAAAAAACAAGGUGCAAAGUUUUUGUCGCAGCUUGAAGUGUAGUCCAGUGUUGUAGCCAAACUUUCACCGCUGUUGCUAGUGGCAACAACUGCAUCCACAUUGCCAAGCUGAAAACCGCUCGCCGUCGUUUCAACUACUCGCCAUGCCUUCAUCAUGCCCGAACUUCACUGCUUGCUCAACCUUGUUCCAAGUGCUACUCACAUGUGCUGCUGCUGAUAAGUGUACCUCAGUGUUUGAUAAUGGCUGAACCUUUACAACUGUUUCAAGAGCCAAUGACAACAUCGCAGUGUGACUGUGCUGUAGGUUACGAUGCCUGAACUUGCACCACUGUUUCAAAUGCCAAUGACUUCUUAACGUUCCGCCAAGUGUCUCUCAACUGUACUGCGAAGAGCUCUAUAGUGUAGAGCGCAGUAUGAGAUUAUUCCCGAGGUUGUGGGUAUUCCUGUUGUGUUUAUAAUUCCAUGUAACCUGUUCAAUACAUUAAUCGCUGGUUUUACUACGCAUAUUUUUUUAUCGUACCUCAUGUUUUAAUUAAAACACCUAUACUUAGCUUCAUGGGACCACAACUAUUUCUAGGAAUCUUUUGAAUAUGCUGUCAAAUGUUAUGGCAUGUAUUUGUACAAAGGUUUCGGUUCAGGCUUGCAAGCGCAACUACCUAUGCAUUGUAGCUCUACACUCAUUUCUCCAUGUACGAUACAUAUGCUGUUCUGGUCCUCCUUGAGGUUCAACAUUAACCAUCUACUUGUUUUGACUUGAGAGACUACCAAAUUUUCUGACAAAGUUCUAGCUCCUUGUGCACAUACAGAUAUUUUCACUUUCUACUAGUCAGCACUUUUGCAUUUACGUUACAGGCUAACUGAUGCUAGUAGUGCUCAACAUGUAUUUUGGUGCACCCACUUUUGCCAAUGGGCGUUGACAAACAUUGAAGGUUUGUGUCAUGUGCACAGCGCACAAUCCCUGAUGGAAGCUUGGGGUCAACCAAUUUUUUGUGUUUGUAGCUGCAUAAUCUUGUUUUCAUAUGACAAACAUUCACUGCAAGUUUGAGAACAUUUCGGAAAGUCUACUACAUGUACAGGGAACUUCUGUACACAUAUAGUAAGGUACUCCUUAAAGUAGUGAUAGCCUUCAUUUAUAGUUUGCACUCAGAUUUGUUUUAAUUUUGAUUUGUUUCACGUUUACUGUAAGUGCAGCCGUGUAACGUAAAAUCCUCUGCAUGGAUGUUCCGAGCAGUCUAUAUAUGAUGCUUGAUUUAGUUAAGAUAUCUGUGCAAUGUUACCCUAUUUUUAUGUGCAAUAUUAAUGUGCAACUUUUACUUCAAUGUCUGAGGCUUUCUAGUCAGUGUGAGAUGGCGGGACUACAUAUAUAUGUGUGUAUGGCUUUUUUGUUUCCCUACAAACAUCUCCGCAGUGUUUCCUCAGUUUAGUUUGUGUUCAAUAGAAGUUGUGCAAUAAAUUUUUAAGCCAUGUU